UGGGAGAGCAGCCGCGGCUGUAGCCAGCAGAAGCUGUGAGGUCUCCUGGCGAAGGCAGUGUUUCCGCUGCGGCUCAUCCUCCCGCUCUGUUCACUCCUACCCACUCCUACCCACUCCUACCCGAGCAGGUUUCUGGGAUAAAUAUAUUGAAAUAAAAGAUGUAACUUGACUUGGGUUUUGGAGAAAAGUCAACACACAAAGGAAAAAAUAAACUGGUGGAUAGCCCUCAGGAAUGAUGUCCUUUUGCCACAAUAUAGUAAACAUUUCCUGUGUGAAAAGCAGCUGGUCGAAUGAUGUCCGUGCCUCCCUGUAUAGCUUAAUGGUGCUCAUAAUUCUGACCACACUGACUGGCAAUCUGAUAGUUAUUAUUUCCAUAUCGCACUUCAAACAACUUCAGACCCCAACUAAUUGGCUCAUUCAUUCCAUGGCCACCGUGGACUUUCUGCUGGGGUGCCUGGUCAUGCCUUAUAGCAUGGUAAGAUCUGUUGAGCACUGCUGGUAUUUUGGAGAAGUCUUCUGUAAAAUUCAUACCAGUAUUGACAUUAUGCUGAGCUCAGCAUCCAUUUUCCACUUGUCCUUCAUUUCCAUUGACCGCUACUAUGCUGUGUGUGACCCACUGAGAUACAAAACCAAGAUCAGUGUCUUGGUUAUCUUUGUGAUGAUAUUCAUUAGCUGGAGCAUCCCUGCCCUUUUUGCAUUUGGAAUGAUCUUUCUGGAGCUAAACUUCAAAGGAGCUGAACAGAUGUAUUACAAACACAUUCAUUGUUUAGGAGGUUGCUCCGUCUUCUUUAGCAAACCAUCCGGGGUACUGGCCUUUAUGACCUCUUUUUACAUACCUGGAUCUAUUAUGUUAUGUGUCUAUUAUAGAAUCUAUUUCAUAGCUAAAGGGCAGGCAAAAUCAAUUAAUGAUGCCAAACAGAAGCUUCAAAUUGGAUUGGAAGAGAAAAAUGGAAUUUCACGAAGCAAAGAAAGAAAAGCUGCAAAGACUUUAGGGAUUGUGAUGGGAGUUUUCCUGAUAUGCUGGUGUCCCUUCUUUGUCUGCACGGUCCUCGAUCCUUUCCUGAACUAUGCUAUUCCACACACCUUGAAUGAUGCACUGAUUUGGUUUGGCUACUUGAACUCUACUUUUAACCCAAUAGUUUAUGCAUUUUUCUACCCCUGGUUCAGAAGAGCACUGAAGAUGAUUGUAUUUGGUAAAAUUUUCCAGAGAGAUUCAUCUAGGUAUACAUUAUUUUUAGAACCAAAUCCAUAGAACUAUUAUACGUUACCAUUUUGCCAAACAGCUGCUGAUUAUAUUUAUAAACACUGUGUAAACAACCAUAUGUACCAACAGCAGAACCUUUUAUCAAUUAUUUGAUGUAAAGAAUAUAUAAUGAGAUAUGAUGAUUAUAUCUUUCUUCCUACUUGCGAUGUAGUAGAUACGAUCUUUGCUAUCCUUACCGUAUAUGUGAAGUUUUGCAAGUUCAGAAUUUACUGUCCUACAUCCAAAAAAAUAAAACUUUUCCAGCUCUUUCAUGAAUUGCCAUGAAACUGACAGCGGUUCUGCACCAGCUGUUCAGUGGUAGAAACUGUGGGCUGCAUUUGGAAAUGCAAAGUAGAGUGACCUUGUCCUUUAUUUGCUUAAACAUGUAUUUUUUUUGUAAAAGUAACUAGAAGUACACUUGAAUGUUAUUUAUUAAAUAAUUAUUUAUACAUACUUUGCUAUUUAUCACAAAUCUUUCUUAAUAUGUAUUCUAAUUCUUUUUAUGUUUAUUUUUAAUUUUUUUACUGUUUGUAUUCUAAUUCUUAAAUAUCUUGAUUUUUAUUUUUUUAAAAUGGGUAUCCCUGAUUCUCAUACUUGUAGGAAAUUUGGAAAAUAAAGAAAAACAUAAAAAUAAAAAUAUCAUUUAUAGCUCA